AUGGUGCACCUUGUGCUGGGCAACACUGCGGAGCCCGCAGAGGAUGGGAAGCGAUACAAUUGGACGUUUUAUGUCCGUGGUGCCACAGAGUUUCUAGACUCAGUCACCAUCAAGUUGCACCCGACCUUCAAGAAUCCAGUGCGCACCUGCGAAUCAGCUCCCUUUGAAUUCAAGUCCAGAGGCAGCUUACCUGCAAAUAUAGCACCCGUGAAGCUUCCAGAGAUUCCUCUGUCUGCAAAUCGACUGAGAGGUUGGGGAACCUUCGCAAUUGCUGUGCUUCUGAAGUUCAAAGAGGGCACCACUCACAGAACAAGCUGGGAGCUUCAAUUUGAUCAUGAGGAUGCAAGUGGGCAGCUUGAAGUGCCCUCCAGCGUUGCUUCCGCCUUGGUGCCUGGGGCACCUCCGCCUGCCAGCGAGACUGCUGACAACGCACCGCCUGCGCCGCCCCCCGUGCCCGCAGAGACGGACGCGGAGGACCGAGACGGUGCCGAGUCCCACAGCGACAUCUACGGCGUGCGGGGGAGUCUCGCUGGCUGUGAGUCUGAAGAAGAAGCGAUGCCAGAAGAUGCGAAGCUUGAAGCUUCGGAGCAACCUGGCCCUGGGCCUCCGCCGGAGCUGCUGCGGGACCGGAGCUCAGAUCCACCAGGCACCAGCGAGGGGAAGGCCGACGCUGAUCCGUCGCGGGUGGCCGUUUGCACGAGGCUACACUGGCCGCCGCCCAAAGUGAUCUGGAAGAGCAACCAGCCACCGCGAAAGGACCACUCUUGCCCCAAGUGGCUAACCGCCACAGAAUUCGAGGAUCACCCGGAGGUGACGGUGGCAAAGGUCAAAGAGCUGGCACAACUCAUUAAGCUGUCCAGGAAGACGGUGGCCUACACCGGAGCAGGCAUCUCGGCGGCCGUGAUUGGCCAGGCAGCCCUGUCUGGCCAGAACACGGUUGGAUGGAAAAACAACACGCGUGCUGCCCCGCCAACGUUCACCCAUCACGCCUUGGGGUUCCUUGGAAGACAGGGCUUCUUGCAUGGCUGGGUGCAGCAGAACCAUGAUGGUCUCCCGCAGAAGGCAGGUUUCCCACAAGAGCGCAUCAACGAGAUUCAUGGCAGUUGGUAUGACCCAAGCAAUCCUGUGGUCAAGUAUAGUGGGAGUCUCCACCGGCAGUCCUAUCCAUGGAUGCGGGAAGAUGCUGAGACAGCUGACCUCUGCCUCGUCCUCGGCACAAGCUUGGGCGGCCUCAAUGCUGACCAGGUGGCCACGAAGACUGCGGACCGGACUCUGCUGCCACCUGCGCCGGCUGCUGGGGUCUUGGCCCCAGGCGCCUGGGUCUCGUUGCGUCGGCCAGGUGCUCCCCUCAAGGGCCUGGUUACGGCUGUUGGAGAAAAGACAAUCCAAGUGCGUUUCCGUUCGGGUGAAGAUGAAGACUCAGACGAAGAAGAUGACCGUCUAGCAGAAGCAAUAACAGUACCCCGAGACGAGCGCUUGGAGGUCCUCCCUGCUGUCGGGGGAGGCUUGGGGACCGUCAUCCUGAACCUGCAGCAAACAGCACAAGAUGGGAAGAUGACCCUACGUCUCUUUGGCAAGUCAGAUGACAUUAUGCGCAUGCUGCUGCCGGAGCUUGGCUUUGGCGUGAGCAUUGUUCGGCCGCCAGUUUGGCCAACCCAGGAUAGAGCCCUGGUGCCGUAUGACAAAGAUGGUAGACGCUGCUCAGGCCAGCGCAUGUGGCUGGACCUGCGGAAAGGACAAGCUGUUCGAAUAACGCCUGGCCACAAUAUCCAGGGUGCCAAGCAGCCUGCCUACAUGCAUAUCGGUGCAAAGAAGCCUGUGGUGAUCAAGGGCGAAACUAGACAGCCGGGCGUGGGGCUGGGAGCCGUGCUAAAUCGCUGCAACACGACGUGCAGCUUUGUCUUGCAGAUCGAAGGCGUUCAAAUGCGGUUGGGCUUGUGGUGGCUAGAGAGUGCCAUGAGAGGUGGUGUGACACAUUUGCCUGUUGUGAACACGGAGCCUGCCUUUGAGGACUAG